UACACAAUACAUGUGGCAAGUGUGCUCUUGUUAAUAAACACAAACUACUCAAUUUUCCAUCCUUUUCACCUGUCGAUCAGACAAAUCUAAGACUUCUGUUUAUUCAUGAAUAUCCACAGAACACAAUGGCAUACAGAUUGUUGAUUCAUUCCGCAAAACAAGUGGUGUUUGUUGCUAAAAAUGGUGAGAAAGUUUUGGUUGGAGAUGGCCAGAAAGUAGCCAUAAUGGAAUCGGAAGGGAUUGAUGGCAUAAGCAUUGUCAUAGACAAAGAGGGCAACAUCAAGGAAAUUGGUGAAGACACAGAAAUGCAGAAAAAAUACUCCCCAGAAGAAUUUGAUCAGACAAUAGAUGCAACAGGACUCUGCAUUUUGCCAGGUUUGGUAGAUGGCCACACACAUCCAGUUUGGGACGGGGAUAGAGUUCAUGAAUUUGCUAUGAAGCUUGCUGGCGCCACCUAUAUGGAUGUCCACAAAGCCGGUGGAGGAAUCAACUUCACUGUUGAACGCACCAAAGCAGCCACGGAGGAACAGCUAUUCACAAGUUUCAGAGAACGCCUGGACAGGAUGCUGGCCGCUGGUACGACCCUUGUGGAGUGUAAGAGCGGAUACGGACUGAACUUGGAAACGGAGCUGAAGAUGCUACGAGUGAUUGAGAGAGCGAAACAUGACUUGCCAAUUGACGUGUCCUCCACUUAUUGUGGCGCCCAUUCUGUUCCAAAGGGUUACACAGCCAGUGAAGCUACCGAUGACAUCAUCAAUGUUCAAAUUCCACAUCUCAAGGCUCUUAUAGACGGUGGUGAGCUCAGCGUGGACAAUAUAGAUGUAUUCUGUGAGAAGGGAGUGUUUGACGUGGACCAAUCUAGGAAGAUCUUGGUGGCCGGCAAGAAGAUUGGAUUGAAUAUCAAUUUCCACGGAGAAGAGUUAAACUUAUUGAACUCUGCUCAGAUGGGAGCAGAAAUUGGUGCCAUGGCAAUCAGUCAUUUAGAGGAAGUGUCCGAUGAUGGCAUAGACGCCAUGGCUAAAGCUGGCUGUGUCGCUACGAUCCUACCAACUACUGCCUAUAUCCUGCGUCUGAAGCAACCUCCAGUCAGGAAGAUGAUAGAGAGAGGGGUACCAGUCGCUCUGGGGACGGAUUUUAAUCCUAAUGCAUUUUGUUUGUCAUUGCCACUCGUCAUGCACCUCGCCUGUGUGAACCUGCACAUGACAAUGGAUGAGGCUCUGAUUGGUGCUACACUGAAUGCGGCCGCAUCGCUGGGAAAAGCCACCACCCACGGAUCCAUUGAAGUUGGGAAAGUUGGGGACUUUGUUAUUCUUGAUGCUCCAAGAUGGGAGCAUUUGAUCUACCAAAUGGCUGGACACGAUCACAUCAUCAAGUACGUCGUCAAAAAUGGGAAAAUUGUCAAGGAGCGCAAAUGAUGGAGCUAGUUCGGAACAGAGUUCUAAGAGAGUUUAGCUUCAGUAGGCUACAAAUUGCUAUGGUGUGGUCCCCAAGAUUUAUCUGUAUAAUACCAGUCUGUCACCCUCCAGAGCAACCCCAGUUGUAUGAGCCCAGAUAUUCAUUUUGAGAAAAUAGGUGAAAGGGAUCUGAAAACUCUACUUUUUUCAUUGAAUUUAAACUUCUGAAUGCAUUAUCCGAUUCUAGGGCUGUUUGUUUCCUUCUAUAGGACUUGGCUUACUCUUUCCUUGUGUAAGAGACAAUUUGAAAUAGUCAUAAUGCCCGUUUCACUGGUUUUUCACUGGAGGGCAACAUAUAGGUAGUGAGGAAUCAUUUGAUCUGACUAUAAGUUCAUAUACUGUCGUCUGCAGCUCAAUAUAUUUUGACCAUUGAAUCUUCCAAGGGCAGUUUUAUGUAUGUAUAUGUAUGUUUAUGUAUGAAUAAGAUUCAUUACGAGUGCAGUUAAUGUUUGUUCAUGUAAACAUGAUGCAAUACCAGAUGUAAUUAUUACUUUUGAUUGUUAUGAAGAUUUUGAUAUGAUCAAAUA